AUGGGAGGGCUCUGGCAUCCGGGAUGGAGGCCUGUCUCUUUCUGUGGCUGGCGUUGGAUCCAUCCUGGGUCUCCAGCCAGGGCUGCAGAGAGGGUAGAGCCGUUUCUUAGGCCAGAGUGGAGUGGGACAGGAGGUGCCGAGGAAGGACUGAGGUGGCUUGGGACACGGAAGCACUGCAGCCUUCCAGCCCGGCAUCCAGCAUUGCAGCCGCGGCGGCGGCCCAAGAGCUGCGGCCCUUUCACGCGCGCGCAUGUGGAGGAAUGGCGGCAGCGAAACAAAACGACCCUCACUUACGUGGCCGCUGUCGCCGUGGCCAUGCUGGGGGCGUCCUACGCUGCCGUACCCCUUUAUCGGCUCUAUUGUCAGACUACUGGACUUGGAGGAUCAGCAGUUGCAGGUCAUGCCUCAGAUCAGAUUGAAAACAUGGUGCCUGUUAAGGAUCGAAUCAUUAAAAUCAGCUUUAAUGCAGAUGUGCAUGCAAGUCUCCAGUGGAACUUUAGACCUCAGCAAACAGAAAUAUAUGUGGUGCCAGGAGAGACUGCACUGGCAUUUUACAGAGCUAAGAAUCCUACUGACAAACCAGUAAUGGGAAUUUCUACGUACAAUGUUGUUCCAUUUGAAGCUGGACAGUAUUUCAAUAAAAUACAGUGCUUCUGUUUUGAAGAACAAAGGCUUAAUCCCCAAGAGGAAGUAGACAUGCCAGUGUUUUUCUACAUUGAUCCUGAAUUUGCUGAAGAUCCAAGAAUGAUUAAUGUUGAUCUUAUCACUCUUUCUUACACUUUUUUUGAAGCAAAGGAAGGGCACACAUUGCCAGUUCCAGGAUAUAAUUGAAGUCAGCAACUAAGUCUUCCUUCAAAGUUGAUUUUUGGGAAAAUCAUGUAUCCUGUCUUCUCAAAGGAGAAAUACUGUACAAUAAUAUGAAGCCUUAUAUUUUAAAUAAUUACUUUUUCUCAACUAAUUUAUUUCACUUAAAAUUGAGAGAACAAGUUCAGCUUUUGUCAUAAGAAACCCACAUACCUAGCUAGUAUGAUUGACUAUUCAAUACCAUACUGAAGAGUUUGAUAGUAUUAAGCCACUUUGUUUUUUAAAUAUGCAGGCAUGGGUUCAUCUUAAUUCUAUAAUUCCCUUCCAGAUUAUUAACUCUUCAUACUUACAGCAAUGAAUCUGACAAUGUUUUUCAAAAAGGUAUGAUCAGGGUUAUUUGUUUCAAGUCAUAGGCCAGAACUUCUGACCAUGUUUAUUAUAUCAAAAAGAGUUGGUUGCUGUUUUCCUUAUGAACAGUCAGUAUUUUAAAAGCUCAAAGUAGAAGAGGAGUCACUAAGACCUAACAGCUUGUCCAAAGAUUUAAAAUUCUUACUUCAAAUUUGAUUUGUGCUUUAAGAUUCAGGGCUAUUUUAUAUUCAGAGUUCUGAAUAGAUGAUUACUUUGAAAUUGUAGUAUCAUGAAAUUGAAAUAAAAUACAUCUAGGCUGCCAGCCAAAGCGUCAUCAUCACAAGCCCAUGAAUGUUAAAAUGUACAGGUGGGAUUGUGAAGAUUUACUGACAUCAAAAGUUCUGGAAAAAAACCUU